CCACACGCCACUAUCGAGAUCGCUCUUCCUCGCGAAGCGCACGAGACCGCAGCCUUCAGCCGACAAGAGACGAUAAUACCGAUAUGAUUGUCGACGAAGAUGAGCCUGUAACGUUGGAACCUACCGAGACCAUUUCGCCUGUGCGAGCCCACCUCAUCCGCGCUUUGGCAUUGCUCUGUGCUUGCUCCCUGAGCAUCGGAAGCCAUUAUGCUUCAUAUAUCCUCGGCCCGUUAAAGUCACGACUCUCAAGGGAGAUGGGCACGGAUAAUACUGAGUUCUCGUUGCUCAUAUCCGCGUUCUCUCUGAACAGCACCUGGACCCCACUCGUCGGCGGUGUGCUUGCCAGUAAAUUUGGCACGACAUCCACGAGUAUUCUUGCUACUGGUGUCGUCUUUCUUGGUCAACUCUGUCUUCUCAUCGGCAACCUCUCAGGCAGCGUCCGAGUCAUGGCCUUCGGAAUGUUCAUUUUCGGCCUCGGUGUUAGCCCGCUCGCUGUCGUACAGGAAACUAUCAUCGUUCGAUUUUUCAAAUCCCAUGGACUUGGAGUUUCGCUCGCUCUGGGCCUGGUCGCCGGGAAAGGCGCAUCUUUCGUGUCGGCCCGCACCUCAUACCCACUGGCCGAGAAGUUUGGUCCCCACGCACCUUUUUAUGCCGCGACAGGCCUAGCCGCCUUCUCAUUCGCCAUCAACCUCGUCUACUUGUCCGCUUCGAAGUGGCUCGUUAGAGGCGCGGGCGCCGAGCUCGAAGCUAGUGAGCUGCACGCUGAAGCUGAGAGCCAAGCUGCGGACCACGUUCGGACAGGGUCCGUUCAUAGUCUCUCCGAAGCCGAGGCCCUCAAAGAGGUGGCAAAGAAGCGUACGGUCAACCUCCGGGACAUUACCAAGCUGGGCGACGUUUUCUGGGCUUACAUUGGAUUGAAUGUCCUUUGCGGAGCGAUAUGGGCGCCCUUCACGCACCUGUGCGCCAACAUCAUCGAACGUCGAUAUCACCUGGCAGAGAACGAUGCUAGUACUAAGGCAUCGUAUCUGCUUGCCGGCAGCGUCUUCCUGUAUCCCAUCACCGGUUACGUGGUUGAUUGCAUGCGCAAGCGCGGAAUCGUCAUGCGACUAUUUAUGUUGUCAUCCCUCCUCACAAUGGCUUGCUAUUUCUGGCUAGCCCUACCUCCUUCGAUGACUCAGAGUCCUGUUCCUGCCAUUGCCUCCUUUGCGACUGGUCAUGGUUUCUCCCCACUCCUUCUUGUUGUUCUGGUACCUGAGAUUGUCGCCUCCAAAUAUGUGUCAACAACACUUGGUGCGCAUAAGGCUCUGGAACAGACUGGCUCGACCAUCUUCCAAACGCUAGCUGGCGUCGCACUAGAUAUCAAAUCGAAGAAGCCAGCAGCAGAAGUCAUCACCUCGCCUACAAACGGCGAUACUAAAGAUAUCCAAUAUCUCCUCAAUGCCUUUUUGCUUCUCAACAUCGCGCAGUUCGGCGCCCUCAUUGCCCUAGCUCGGUUAGACAGGAAACAGAAAUGGGCCGCGGCCCGGCGUACGGCUGCGCUGCUCCCUCCCAUCCAUGAAGAGGAUACUGAUGCCGCUUCGACCGCGUCGAGCGGGCCUCGCAAAGUGGAGGACGAGUGGCAGCGUUACGAUCCCUCAUCGCCUACACUUGGUGGCAAGUCCGCCACUGGUACUGUGCGGAGUUACAGGAGCAUCGCUGUUGCCUCACCGUCAACAUCUACGGUCGCUGAACAGAGUAUCCCCCUGCUUCGGUCACCGUCCAUAUCCUCUUCCGCGCGUAACAGCAGAUACCUGAGCCUCGCGCCUGGCCAGACAACCGUCAAGAUGGUGCGAUCCAAAAAGGAGGUAAAGCGGGGGGAGAUAUUUGCGAUCAUCAGCGGGCUGUCGAUCGCAUUUGCAUGGAUCUUGUUCAUGGUAGUUGCGUACUUUAGGCUGAGGUCGAAAGAAGAGCGGAUUUCACAUAUAGGAUUGGCUCACUAGAUUUCAAAAUGUGUCAUCUAUCAUCUCCAGGGAUUCAUUUGUACAAUAGCUACAAACUGUGCAUAAUAUAAUUACGCGUGACGACUC